CACCGCAUGUGGAUGGAGUCGUCGGUUUCACCCGAAUUUUAGAUUUCUUAAGGUAUUUGUUACAGAAAUUUGGAAUAGUUUUAUUAUUUUACGGAUGCAAAAUAAGCGAUUGAUAAGUGCAAAAUAAUUUCGGUCAGGGCUUCUUCUGCGAGACAAAAACAACGCCAGUAUGUCGGAUAAAAUCAAAGUUGGGGAUUAUCUCGUGGUAAAGCGCCAAAAGUACACCAAACUGCAGAAGUUUACCAACGUGAACACGAUAGUCCAUCUGGGAAAGGAUCAAAUCGAACUUCGUUCUGCCGACAGUCAACCGUACCAUACGACGUUUCAGCUGGUGCCCAAGGAAGGUCGCAAUAAACGUCUGUUCACGUUGGACCCGGUGGAAACCGUUUCCGAGAUAAGAAAUCUCAAGGAACUGCUGAUUAAGGAAAGUGGUUCGGACAAUCGGAACAUUGUGGAUGACCGUGGCACCCAAGGGCUUUCGACGGAGGCCAUCCUGAAGCUACGCGAGGAUUGUGAAUCUUCAUCGGAAGUUAUUGGAAAGCUAGUGGAGAAUUCGAAAAGUUUCGCUUCCAAAACCGAAUACUCCCAGGAGAAGUAUUUGAAGCGCAAGGAAAAGAAGUAUUUCGAGUAUGUCGAGAUCAGGCGGCCAUCGAUACGGUUGAUUGCCGACGUCUAUUGGCGAUUGGAUGCCGAUAAGGUCAUGGGUGUACGUUUCGAUACGUUGUCGCAGAUCAUUUCCUACAGCGGUGUUUGCGGGGUUGGUCGAUUUUUGCUGUACGAGUCGGGAACGAAUGGGUUGCUUCCGGCUGCGUUUAUCAAUUCCAUUGGAGCUAAUACCGAAGGAAGGUUGGUUCAUAUGCACCCGGGAAAUGUGGCUCAGAAACAGGCCAUCCAAGCUAUGAAUUUCGAACCGGAACAGCUGAACAGAUGCAUCUCUGUUAAUAUUUAUUCCGUGCUGCGAAAUUUUUAUCAACAAGGCAAAGAGGAAGCUGUUGAAUCUUGUAAGCAUGAUGAAGAGGCAAAGGUUACGGAGGCAGGAGCGAAUGGCGAUUCCGCUCCACAAGAAGACGGAAGUCACAAACGUAAGAAUACACCGGAGGAUGAUGGCCCAGAAGCGAAACAAGCGAAGUUAGAUGAUGAUAAUGGUAAACCGAAGAAACAACAGUGGGAGCUCGAGAAUGAAGCGGCAUGUGAAUUGAUGAAAGAGAAAUUCGACGCGCUGGUCAUCAUAGCCAAGGAGCAUCCGUAUAAUAUAAUAAAAUCGUUACUGCCCUUCGUGAAGCCUAGUCGUCCAUUGGUGGUGUUCAACACGACGAAGGAAAUACUGCUCGAGAGCUACAUGGAACUGAAAUCGAGCGCCACUGUUACCUAUCUGCGAGUUACAUCCAACUGGAUGCGAAACCUUCAAAUGCUGCCCAACCGUACGCAUCCUGACGUUACCAUGUCCGGCAACAGCGGAUACCUGCUUACCGGGUAUACUAUUCGAUAGUAUGUUUAAUAUUGUGGACAAAUAAAAUAUUUUCGGACUCAAUAACAACUCGUGGUAUUUUCUUAAUAAAUUCAAAUACAUUUGAUGCAUUUUUGUUUGCUUAAAGACAA